AUGCCCUCCUACAAGCCCCUGCCCAAAUCGUUUGCCGAGGGCCGCCUCUCCAAGCCCAUGAGCGACCUGCUCAGCGGCUACAAUGAGGGCCCCCGUCUCGCCUGGGAGGUCAAGCACCUGUCCACCAUUAUCCAGGUCGACCGCGCGCACGUCGUCAUGCUCGCCAAGCAGGGCUACAUGACGCCCGCUCAGGCCGGCGCCCUGCUCGCCGAGCUCGACGACAUCCGCGGCGCCGGCGCCGGCGGCUUCACCGUCACCCCGGGAUACGGCAGCAUGGUCCUGCAGAUGGAAAAGGUCCUGACGGAGCGCGUGGGCGACGAAAUCGCCGGCCGCCUGCCCAUUGCCCGGAGCCGGCUGGACCAGGGCGCCACCGUCCGCCGCCUCGUCGACCGCGACAGCGUGCUCAGCGUCGCGCAGCAGCUCCUGCGCCUGCAGGACGCCCUCGUAGAGACCGCCGACAAGUACGCCCACACGCCCUUUAUCAGCUACACGCACAUGCAGCAGGCCCAGCCGACGACGUUUGGCCACUACCUGCUCGCCUUCUUCGAGCGCCUGCACGACUCCUUCCAGCAGCUGACGCAGGUGUACCGCCGCAUCGACCGCAGCCCGCUCGGCGCCGUCGGCCUGUCGGGCACGACGCUCGACAUUGACCGCGACCUGACGGCGUGCCUGCUGGGCUUCACCGAGGUCCUGGACAACUCGCGCCUCGGCCGCGACAGCUACUACCAGGUCGAGCUCGUCUUCGCGCUGACCAUGAUCAUGACGCUGCUCAACGACCUCUGCAGCGACCUGCACGUCUACAGCUCCGUCGAGUUUGGCACCGUCGAGCUCGACGACUCGCUCUGCAGCACGAGCUCCGUCUUCCCGCACAAGAAGAACCCCUACGCGCUCGAGACGGUCAAGAUGAAGGCCGGCGAGGCGCACGGCUGGAUCGUCUCCGCGCUCGCCACCUUUCGCAACGAGGGCACCGGCGACACCAACGGCCGCAACGUGUCCUUCAUCGACGACGCGUGCGCCACCACGGCGGGCAUGAUGUGCCUGGCGGGGGAGAUUGUGCGCGGCGUCGUCGUCAACGAGGCGCGCUGCGAGGCGCUGCUGUCCCGCGCGUGGGUGACGACGAACCGCCUCGGCAACGUCCUCCUCACCGAGCACCACGUCGACUACCGCUCCGCGCACUCGGUCGUCGGCCGCCUCGUCAAGAACUGUCUCGACAAGGGCGUCGCCAAGCCCGACGUCACCAUUGCGAUGCUGCAAGAGGCCGUCGCCGAGAUGGCUAUGGAGCCGGUGGCCAUGACGCAGGAGGACCUGGUCGCGGCGCUGUCGCACACCGACUUCAUCAACAGCAGCAUCAGCUUCGGCAGCACAGGCCCGCGGCAGGUACAGAGGCUGAUGGUCAAGGCGGCGCACACGAAUGUCAAGAACCUGGCGUGGGUCAAUGACAAGACGCGCCGUCUGAUGGUCGCGGACAAGGAGCUGGACGCUGCAACAGCGCGGCUUCGACAGAGUGUGGCUCCGUAA